AUGGCCGAGAGCCUGAGAAGGCUGAUCGACGGCGAGGCCUGCGCCAUCAUGCAGGAGAAGCUGGAGAAGUGGCAGAAGGACUACGACCUCAAUUCCUGCGACCAGAACCUGAACCGCUGCUGCGAGAUCGUCGAGCUGAGCGCCCUCAUCCAGGGCCAGCUGUUCAACAUCCUCAACCAAACAGCCCGGAAAGGUGGCCAUUACGCAGGCGCAGAGACCAUCAAGGGUCGUCUCCUGCCCUGGCUGGGGACCUGUUUUGCUAGCCCUGCUUCCAGAGGGCCCUUUGAAAGGAGUUUCUCGCACUCCCAGGACCCCUAUGAGAAAGAAAGGCAGCUGAGGGAACUGGCCAGCUCUCAGGACCUACAGCAGUUGGAGAAAGAGCUGAACUCCACGCGUCUACAGCUCAGCCUGGUCCAGCAAGACCUGAAGGCCUCUCAGGCCAAAGAAGAAUGUGCUUUGAGGAGCCUGGAGCAGCUGAAUGACUACGAGCGGCAGGUUCAGAUGCUGAAGGAGGAGAUCGCCAUCCUUGGAGCUCAGAAAGCCGUCCUGCAGAGCAGGCUCGCCCAAAGUCGAUCUCCUUCUCCCAGGUCGGUCCGAAGCAGAUCCCCUAGUCCACGUCCAGCAAAGUGCAUUCCCCCUGCCAGGCCCCGACUUACAAAUGCUUCCCGUCAUGUUCAGCUCGUGGAACGUUUCAAAGACAUUUAUGCUCAGGAACGUCUGGAUGCUCAGACCCUCCUGAAGAGCUAUAUUGAAGAUCUGGAGAUGGUGCAGAGAAUCAUCUAUGUGGCAACUGUGGAGUCCUUCCAUGAAGCAAAGAGGGCCUUCCGGCAGUUCAAAAUGUGCGUGAGAAAGACUCUAUCUGCAAGUUUCUCGGAGCCGGAGACAUUCGAAGAUGCGGUAAUGGAUUAUAUCAUUCGCCAGGAAGAUCUGUACGACGUUCAGUCCAGCGUCAGGGAAGUAAUCCGUGCCAUAAGCCUCCAUCCGCAGAUUUCCUGUCCACCAGAGAUUGAUCUCAUGAUCAGCGGUUUAGUCCGAAAACUGUGUCUGGUAGCUUUUUCUAUGCAGACGCUGGAUAUUCCCCUUGAUAUUUCAUUUGCUGUUGAGGGAGAACUUUUUAAUGAGCACAAGUACCAUCGUAGCUAUGACUCGGACUUUACAGCUCCACUUGUGGCGUAUCAUGUCUGGCCUGCUCUUGUGCAAAACCAUUCUGUCAUUGUAAAAGGAGAGGCGGUCACACGAAGGAGUUCUCUGUGGUCUCACAGGAGUAGGAGCAGAAGCAGAGGCCGGAGCCAGUGUCGCAACCGCAGCUUGAGUCCUCUGUGCCAUAGUGCAGGCCACUCCUGGCACGCAUCAUCUCGAAGCCGUAGCCCUUCCCCGAUAAGGAGCGGAAGCCCAAGACUUUAGGUUAACUGGAUAUGGUUUUUUAAAAAAAGAAUUCUGUACAUCUGGAUCAGUUUGCUUCUGCAGCGCCUUCUUUUCCAAGAGUACAUCAUACCUCACUUAAAAUAAUGUGAAUCCCUCCAAAUGGAGAGUGAA